CUGCAGUGGGCUGGACCCGUGCCUGCCGUUCCCUUGGGGAUAGGGAUUUACGCUGUGGCUCCACUGAGUGACAUCUGUAGACUGCGGACUCCGAAUUCUUUGUGAUCCGAUGUGGAGAACCUGGACACUGGAGGCAGGCCGCCCCUGGAUCAGGUGCUGGCUGAGACAGUUACUGGCAGAGCAUCUUGGGGCAGUUUCCUCCUCUGUAAAAUUGAGACCAUUGCUGAGUUCUGACAUUUGGCAUCCAGGAGAAAGAUAUCUCGCCCCCUCUCCAGAUAAUGAAAAACUCUGUGAAGCAAGCAUAAAGUCUGUCACAAUGGAUGAAAAUGGGAAGCCAUUUGCAAUUGUCUUAUAUUCAGAUUUUCGAGAAAGGAAAGUACCUCUUAAAAGACUUCAAGAAAUAAAAUCUGUUAAUGAUUGCUCCAGAAAUUUUAUAUAUGAUCAUGAGGAUUUGGAAAAACCUUAUUUCCCAGACCAAAAAUUUCCAUCAUCUGCUGUUGCUUUUCGAUUAUCUGAAGAUGGAGACGCUAUUCCUUACACUAUUAAUAGGUAUUUGAGAGACUACCAAAGGGAAGGAGCCCAGUUUCUCUAUGGACACUUCAUCCAAGAGAGAGGGUGCAUUCUUGGUGAUGACAUGGGACUUGGAAAAACAGUUCAGGUUAUUUCAUUUUUGGCUGCAGUUUUGCAUAAAAAGGGGACUCGUGAGGAUAUUGAAAAUAACAUGCCAGAGUUUUUACUAAGAAGUAUGAAAAAGGAACCCCCUUCUGCUGCAAAGAAGAUGUUCUUAAUAGUUGCUCCUCUUUCUGUCCUCUACAACUGGAAGGAUGAAUUGGACACUUGGGGAUAUUUCAGAGUCACUGUUUUACAUGGUAACAAAAAAGACAAUGAACUGAUUCGCAUAAAGCAGAGGAAAUGUGAAAUUGCUCUAACAACUUAUGAAACACUGCGUUUAUGUCUAGAUGAACUUAACAGUUUGGAGUGGUCAGCUGUCAUUGUAGAUGAAGCUCAUAGAAUCAAGAAUCCGAAGGCGAGAGUAACAGAGGUUAUGAAAGCUUUAAAAUGUAACGUCCGCAUAGGCCUCACUGGAACCAUCCUUCAGAACAACAUGAAAGAGCUGUGGUGUGUCAUGGACUGGGCUGUGCCAGGACUUUUGGGUAGCAGGAUCCACUUCAAGAAGCAGUUUUCUGACCCAGUAGAACAUGGUCAGAGACACACAGCAACCAAAAGAGAGCUUGCGACCGGCCGAAAGGCUAUGCAGAGACUUGCAAAAAGGAUGUCUGGGUGGCUUCUCAGGCGCACCAAGACUCUAAUCAAGGACCAGUUGCCUAAGAAGGAAGACCGGAUGGUGUAUUGUUCUCUGACGGACUUUCAAAAAGCUGUCUAUCAAACAGUAUUAGAAACAGAAGACGUGACUUUAAUCCUUCAGUCUUCUCAGCCUUGUACAUGCAGCAGUGGCCGGAAAAGGAGAAAUUGUUGUUAUAAGACUAAUUCCCAUGGUGAAACAGUGAAAACCCUGUAUUUCAGUUACCUUGCCGUCCUUCAGAAGGUAGCGAACCACGUCGCUCUGCUGCAGGCUGCCGGCUCGUCCAAACAGCAGGAAACAAUUAUUAAAAGGAUAUGUGAUCAGGUAUUUUCCAGAUUCCCAGAUUUUGUGCAGAAAAGUAAAGAUGCAACCUUUGAAACACUUUCUGACCCCAAAUACAGUGGAAAAAUGAAAGUCCUUCAGCAGCUUUUAAAUCAUUGCAGGAAAAACAAAGAUAAAGUUCUUCUUUUCUCCUUUUCCACCAAGGUGCUCGAUGUGUUGCAGCAGUAUUGUAUGGCAUCUGGGCUUGAUUACCGGCGGCUCGAUGGAAGUACAAAGUCAGAGGAAAGGCUCAGGAUCGUGAAAGAGUUCAACAGAACGCAAGAUGUUAACAUUUGCCUUGUCUCCACAAUGGCUGGUGGACUAGGCCUCAAUUUUGUUGGUGCCAAUGUUGUUGUAUUAUUUGACCCUACUUGGAAUCCGGCCAAUGAUCUUCAAGCCAUUGACAGAGCCUAUAGAAUUGGGCAAUGCAGGGAUGUCAAAGUGCUUAGGCUGAUAUCCUUGGGAACUGUGGAGGAGAUCAUGUACUUACGACAGGUGUACAAGCAGCAACUUCACUGUGUGGUAGUUGGAAGCGAAAAUGCCAAGCGAUAUUUUGAAGCAGUUCAAGGAUCAAAACAGCAUCGAGGAGAGCUCUUUGGGGUCUGUAACCUCUUCAGACUACGGUCCCAAGGCUCUUGUCUUACCAGGGACAUCCUGGAGAGGGAAGGCCAAGUGGAAGCGGGGGUCCUGACGGCCACAACAUGGCUGAAAGAGGAGCCUCCAGUGCACAGCCCGGGAACGCUGAGGGAACCUGAGCGUCGGGGACACGGAGGUCCAGAGCAGCCCCCAGAGCUGCUGGCCAAAGACGGGCAUGAUCCCUGCAGUGACUUCAGCGAUGAGGAACCGCUGGGAGACUCGGGGGUCAAGGCUGUGAGGAAGGAAGCACCUGGUGCACGUCGAGCUGCGGGCUCUCCCGGACAGCUUUCCUUACUCCAGUGCGGUUUCUCCAAGUUGUCUGAGACAGAGUGUGAAGCUGUUGAGGCCAGUGAUGGAAAUACUGCCUCUGAUGAAAGUUCUGAUGAACAGCCCACGUGCCUUUCAACAGAAGCCAAAGAUGCUCGUUGUCAGAAAAGCCACGACUCCCUUGGUAUUAAAGAAUACCAGAAAUUAGCUAACAUCCUAAAUCCAAGUGAAAAAUAUGAUUUUAAUAAAAGUGAGAUUUUAGACCAGAAUAUUUCUUCUGAAUCUGAUGGCGAGAAAAAUUUUAAAAAUGCAGCUGAUCACCACUGCAGUUUAGGGGAUGUCACAGAAUCAGAAGACAGUGAUGUCAUCUUUCCCACACAGUAUACAACACAGGGAUUCUCUACGAAUGGUGUGCAGUGUAAGCCGUCCAUGGAUAGAUCUGAAGAUCCUGUAACAGAAAACUAUGUGAAAAUAAGAAAUACUGGUGAUGAUAGAAAGCCUGAUGUCCAACGAAAUGGACUACUUUCAAAACAAUUACAUUCUGAGAACAUGGCCCUGAAAUCUGUGAAAAGAAAUAGCAGUAGUGAUAUUAGUGAUGAGUCUGAUGACAUUGAAAUUCCCUCCGAGUCAAGAGUAAGAAAGCAAAGGGCUACUAGUUCUUUGAGGUUUAAAAGAAAAAUAGAAAGUAAAAUGGAACUUUCCACUUUUCCUAAAACACUGAAGAAAGCAAACCAACUAUGUACAACAGAUGAAAAUUGUAACUCUCAGGCUGUUGAUAACUUUUCAUCCUCAGAUGAUGAUUUAUCUGUUAGCCACAUCAGUUUCUCUAAACAGAACCAUAGACCAAAAACUAUAAAAGAUAGAGUAAGUUUCUCCUCAAAAUUGCCUAGCCAUAAGAAAAAUAGCACUUUCAGACCAAGAAAACUAAUGAAGUUUUCAAAUGAGAGAGUUGUCAAUCAAGAACAGAUGUAUGAAUCAAUGGAUAAAUUCUUAGAUGGCGUUCGGGAGGUGGCUUACAUUCACUCAAACCAGAAUGUGAUUGGAUCGAGCAAAGCUGAAAAUCACAUGAGCCGAUGGGCAGAACAUGAUGUAUUUGAAUUGAAGCAGUUUUCCCAGCUUCCUGCUAACAUUGCUGUUUGCACUUCUAAGACAUGUAAAGAAAAAAUGGAGGCAGAUACAUUGACACAAACAGAGAAAAGCCAACAGCCACAUGAAGGAAGCCUUUCAUUUCCCCUUUAUGUUUCACACCCUGUGAGCCAGAAGAAGAAAAAAGUCUUCUGCAGAGGCCAGACCACCUUCAUAAUUGGAGAGACACCAAAGGGGGUCCGCAGAAAACAAUUUGAAGAAAUGGCUUCUUAUUUUAAUUUGUCUCCUAUAAAGGAAUUUGCUAAACAUAUAGCUAAUGCCACAUCAGAAGAACGACAGAAAAUGCUAAGAGACUUUUAUGCUUCUCAGUAUCCAGAGGUAAAAGAAUUUUUUGUGGAUUCUGCUCCAGAACUCAUUAAAUCUGCCUGUGACAAGGGAAAGACAGUCAGGAAAAAGUCUAAAAAAAGAGAAUCUCUUAUAAAAGAAAGGCUGUCAGAUUCUGAAGCUUUGUCAUUUAAAGAUUCUACCAAAAACAUUUCUCAAAUUUGCAGCCCAAAAAUAUAUAAAGGAAAAUCAAUUAAGUUUCAAAAUCGUGGUUCCUGUACAGAGGAGGUACUUUCCAAUGAUGCCAAAACUAAGAAAUUACCUAUAAACUCUACCCUAGGGACUGACAAUGGGAAGAACAGCCAAACAGCCAGAGAGACUGUAGCACCCUGUUCCCUCAACAGUACGUCUGAGUCAUAUGUAUUAGAAGGCCUAGAAUAUACCGAGACCGACCAACAGGACCUCACAGGAAUGGGCGUUCCAACAGAACCCCUUUACAGUGUGGAGAACAGAAAGAUAGAAAAUGUGGUGUUAGAAAACACUUCUGUGGUAGGGUUACUUGGUGACACCUCUAUUCUCGACGACCUCUUUAAAAGUCAGGGCAACAGUCCUGCACUCCUGCCAAGGAAAGUUUUCUCAGGACCCAUGGAGAAGGCAAAACGGAGACCGAGAGAUUUCUGGGACAUCUUGGAUGAGCAGAAUGACGACCGUCUUAGGAAGCUCACCGACUUGGCCACGAUCGAGACUCUGUGUGAAAAAGUGCCCUUUGCUGCAUCAUCCAAAAAGAAAGAGGACCUGGAAACCUCUCUUUGGAAAUCAAAUGAGAAAUUUUUGUGGAAGAAAUUUAACUCCAGUGAUACAGGUGAAAGCACAACUAAUACCCAGGAGUAAAUAUAAAUAACAAGUAGGUGAUUUCCACAUUACUUAGGUUUUUUUGAACACAGUUGUUAAUAUACAUUUUAAUUAAACUCUUAUCCUAGGGGUUUUUUUAAUGUCUAAAACAUUAUCAUGUAUUUGUUUUCAUUGAUAACUGAUUUGAUCUUUUAAAAGAUGUGAUUUAUUAUAGUAUAAGCCUGUUAUGAAGUAGAAAAGAUCAUAGGUUUGUUGGAGACCGGGGGCAUCUCUCUUACUAUGUCUUUGUGUGGCCUUAGGUAAGUCUCAUGCCCUGGCAUGCAGCUGUAUUCUAAUAUGGAAGAUGAUGAGUGUCUUUUCAAUUCAAAAUAAAUGGAUUCAGUUAAUUCUGGGGUUCAGUUCCCCAGAUCCCAUUACACAGGCACAUUAACCUUGCCCCCAGAUCAGGGGCACAUUGAUGUGUUUCUUACUAGCACUUGGAAAAUUAUUGUUAACUAUUUUCUUCUUCCCUCAGUAUCAUGCACUAUUAAAUUAUUUUAAGUGGAAAUAAUAACUAGCACUGAAUAUAUGUGUUUGUUAAAAUAGUAAGUUCGUACUGCUCAGAAUCAAAAGGUCAGUGUUGUAUCACUUUAUAUGAGAUAGGAUGUUGAAGGAAUAUAGUUACUAUCAUUAACCACAGGACGCCAAUGCCUCAAUUUUUUAUACAACUAUUAUAAUUUAAUCAAUAUAAAUAAAGCUUUGUAUAGUAA